ACUCGUCCGGUCUGAAGGGCUCCACAUCAUGGCGCUGAUGGAUUACGACACUUUAGCCUUUUUACGUUCAAUGAAUCGAGCUAACAGUCUACUUCGCCUCUAGAAUGCAACUUUAGUUACCAUUAGGUGAACAACUGCCUCAUUUAGCGUUGCAUUUUUACACAGUGACAAGGACUUGAGGUGAUGGGGAACUUAGAAAGCAUCUGUUGGACUGUAGUGGAGUGCAUCUGCAGGAUCCUUGGUGUUUCUACGGCAACAGUGCUGUGUGCUGUUGGAGCCGAGACCAUUCACCAAGGGGAAUUCACCAGCCUCGGCAUCUACCUGAUAGCGUCUUCUGUUGGCUUAAUGAUAUUUGAGCUGGCAUAUUUCCUGGAUGCCCUUCUCACCAUGUGUUUGCCCUGUCCUCCAGACUGGCAGGUAUUUGUGUUGUGGGGGAAGAUGUCUCGCAUCGGAGGCUUCCAUAAAUUCCUGUAUUACUCCAUCAUGUCAGUGGUCUGCUUCUUGCACCCUGUGUUGGUGUGGCAUGCAGUCAUCCCAGGGACAAUGCUUCUGGUAACCGCCUUUUUCAACUUCAUACUAAGCAAGAAAACAAAGACCAAGUCCGCAAAAAGCCAGCAGGAGAGCUACAGCGACCAAGGCCCGACCAGUGUCUCAGACAGCACAUUCUCAUUCCUCCACGUGGUAACAGGAAGGAGAGGACCGGCUCUGGCGCUAAUAAGCAGAGACCAGUGCCUUGGACAGGGGGAGAGAGGCGAGAGCGUGCAGGCCAUGCUGGAGCUGGAUCAGACAGCAGCACCUAAAGAUAACGACAGAGAGAGGAGGAGGAGGAGGUGGAAAGAGAUGAGGCCGAUGCUCAGAGGGAAGGAGGAGCCUGUGGAGAGGGAGAUGGAGGAGAUGGACGGAUACUGCGAGUCUGAGCCAGACACCACGUCAGACACGGCACCUAUGAUUACUGACUGAACACUGCUGUGCACACAAACAGACUGAGGUUCUUACUGAUAACACGGUACAUUUAUAAUGUAGUCGCACUCAUUGGGUUAAGGUAGCUGGUGAUACACUUCAGCUUCUAACAUUUUGUUAGAAGCAUUGCCAAAAAAUGUCCAUCCAAAAAAACAUUUCUGGGUGUUUUAUUGUGUGUAUUUUACUGUGUAUUUUAUGCACAUCUGAAAUGCAAAGAUUAUUAGUUUUUUAUAUAAAAAUAUUAGACUGAUUUGUAUAGUUUUACUUCAAAUAUCUACGAACAAAAUUAAAAUGUUGCACCUGAAAUCCGUUUCUAACAACUGUUACUGGAGCUUCAAGUGGAUGCAUUCAAAGAAAUUAAAUCUUUUGUACCUUUA